UGCAUGCGAAUCAAAUGUCCCUGAGUGUAAGCCCUUCGUUUUUUUUUCGGCCACUGAUUUGAAUGACACAGCGCAGGUAUAAAUACGAAAGGUCACCUCACAACACAUUCGCAGUCUUGCAAUUCAACUUUGGUAGACAAUCUUGUUAACUUGGCUACCGGCAUCAUGUCGCGUAUUCUGGCGGCUUGGAGACCGGCAGGUACUGCAGCUGCGAUCAGAGGUGCUACAGCAUCGCCGGUUAAGACUUGCGGACAAAUUCAUUAUGAAUCAGAGCAUCGUGUGUUCCGAGACAUAAGCAAUCUCCCAGCUGGCUAUGCAAAGCUACGGAGGACCGGGCAGUCCUCCUUCGGAGGCACCAAAGCCUUGGGCAUCAAACCGUGGUCAGAAAACGCUGCUCCGUGUGCCGGCGAGAUUAACCAAAGACAGGAAGGUACCAGCAACUUACGAAAGCUGAAAAACGACCCCAGAGGAGCGGAACCAUACGUACGACAAGGGGAGAGAGGCAGCAUUCAAGACGUGCUCCAAGAUUGCUAUGAACCGGCGGGGCAAGAGUGUAGUAUGCCUCCAUUCGGACUCCAUAUUGCGGAAGAUGUGGAACCGAUGGAAUUCAGCGCACUCAAGGAAGAAUUGGCCUCCAUGGAGGACACCUCGCCCCCGAAGGAACUCUCAAACCCUGAGGUGGAGCAAAAGAAUGAUCCCCGAAUUACGUCUGAGUACUCCGAAGAAAUCUACAGAUACCUGCGGAGCAGAGAGUACAAGUGCGUGAUACCAAACGGCUACUUGACGGGGCCCGCUGUGACCCCUAAUACCAGAGCAGUCCUCGUCAACUGGCUGGUCCAGGUUCAGGUUCACCUCGAGCUCUCUGCAGAGACCCUCCACCUGACCGUGAUGCUGAUGGACCGCUUCCUGUCUCAGCAGCCCAUCGGUCUGAACCUUCUCCAGCUACUUGGCGUGACGUGCCUGUUUGUGGCGAGCAAAUACGAGGAACGAUUCGCACCCGAGGUGGAGGUACUUUGCAUGCUGACGGACUACACCUACGCCCACAAAGACGUGUUGCUGAUGGAGAGACAAAUCCUUCAUGCCUUGCAGUUUGACCUCUUCAGCCCCACGCCAAUGGCAUUUUUGGAGACGUUCCUGAGGGUGGAUACGGAUGACCAACAGGUUGACUUUCACCUUGCCAACUACCUUCUUGACUUGGCUCUGGUCGAUGCUUCGGUUCUCAAGUUCUACCCGUCCGAGCGAGCAGCGGCGGCUGCUUGCCUCGCCCGCUAUCUCGCCGGAUCGGGGGUCGACGAGGACUGCUGGACCGCUGAUAUGGUCCAGAAGACGGGGUACACAGAGCAGCAGCUCUCGGCGUGCAUGGCGAGAAUGGCUAGGCUUGUUACAGAAGCCAACAGAAGCCCGUACAAGGCUGUAAUGGAGAAGUUUUCCAGUCCAACCUACGGCUGUGUGAGCAACAUUCAAGGACCGUGCUUGGCCAAGGCUGAAUUCCUCUCUGACUUAUAAACCAGUCCUGCUGUGGCAGUGUGUCAGUGUCUCCAAUUUGUGUGGCGAUGGGAGAUACUUUCAGUCACACUUGCAAGAAGACACUAGUUUACGGCACAAUAGCUUAUAACAGCCUACACAGACGAAAUAAAAUGACCUGGUGUAAUUGUUCUGAUGUACUCUAAUGUAGAAUCGGGAUCUAAUUCGAAGGCAGAGUGCAGUAGGCUGUCGUAAAACUUUUGUCUGUUAGCCUAUGCACAAGUCAUGGACUACACAACUGGACGGGAAAUGUUUGGGGAAGGGCGUUGUGGCAUUGCGUCGUUUUCCCUAAAGUGGGGACAUUAUUGAAGACUAUACUCAACCAAAUAAUGCGACAAUAAGUUUCCUUCUUUGUUGAAUCUGAGAAAAAACUUUCCUUACUCUGACCAUCAUCGAAAUGGAAGAUUAGUUCUUAGUUACUUGGAAGAAGGAAGUUAUUUUGGAGGAAAACAGGCAUAUUACUAUACAAUCAACGUCCCUCAAAAUAGGACAAGCAGUCAGAAAAUUCACUUCCAAUUAAAAGAGAGCUUAUGUUAUUCAUGAAUAAUUUAAGAUAAGCGUAAUGAGAAGCUGUUAAAUAAUAUUUAUGACAUUAAAUGUUUCAUGACAGGCUGGACCUGUCAACGCGAU